AUGGGGCCGAAGGGUAUGGGCUUCCCUGCCGAUGGGACGGACAACCAUGGAUGGAAACUCUACAUCACGUCGCUGGUGAUGAUCAUCACUGCCGGAGUUUUUGUUGCCCUAAGAUGCGCAAGCCGGAUCUGUUCCUUCAACUUCGGUGCCGACGACACCGUCAUCAUCUUUUCGUUGCUCUUCUCUAUUGUCCUCUCCGUGGCCAUUCAGCUGGCCAUAGAAAAUGGCUACGGCGUACACAAGGCCGAUCUCACCGUGGCCGAGCUCAACGCUGCCCUUCGGUGGUUCUUCAUCGCUCAAACACCCUACAAGGUCACAGUAUGCCUCAACAAAGUAGCCACCAUCCUGCUAUAUUUAAGAAUAUUCGAGACCACGAGGUUCCAGAUCGCGGCGUACACUGUCAUGGGCAUCGUCGUGGCUUGGAGCAUCGGCGGCGUGGGAGCGACAAUCUUCCAGUGCGUGCCCAUUGCUGGAGCUUGGGACAAGUCGGUCGAUGCAACCUGUAUCGACUCGGAUAGGUUCUGGGUUGCCUAUGCGGUGAUGAACAUCCUGACGGACGUUAUGGUCUUGGCUCUUCCUAUUGCCCCAAUCAUGUCGCUCCAGCUUAGCAUGAGGAAUAAGUUGAUGUUAUGCGCCAUCUUCAUGAUGGGUGGUUUCGUCACCGUCACAUCUGUCCUCCGAGCAACGUCUGUCAAAAACUCACUGGCCAACAAAGCAGACACCACCUGGAACUUUAUCGAGCGCGGGAUAUGGACGUUGAUCGAGGCCAACGCAGGCAUCAUCGGCGCCUGUCUUCCCGCUCUGAGACAGCCUUUGGCCCGACUCUUCCCUCACCUCUUUGACUCAAUCGUGAAGGAUUCACACUUUGGGGACAACAGAUCUCCGGUAAAGGGAGGCUUCUAUUUGUCCAACUUGUCCGGACAAGCAUCGCAUCCGGGAAUGUGGCGUCCGGUAGGACACACUCGCCAAGUUGUGUCCAUUUCGGGGCCCCAAUCACCAGGUGAGAGGAAAAGCGAUGAGCAAUUCUUUAUGAACGAUGUCCUCAAAGAGAAUGAUAGCGGCUCCGAUACUCAGGUAUUUCUUGGAAUCUCGAAAACGGUUGAUGUUGUGAGAACGUCGUUUCACAUGGACCCAGGUGUCCCAGCUAUGAUACCCAAGAUGCCGCAUUAA